AACCAGGGACCAAAUUACAAACAUCUUAAUCAGCAAGAUUGAAGGAUGCUACCAUAACAUAAUGAAUUUAGGGCAUAAAAGACAAUAAAAAAGAACUGUUGUUUAGGGAUCAGGAAUCAAGAUACCACCUGCCUCACUUAAUUCCUCCUGGCCCCGCACUCAAUUCAGUGGCGUGCAGUCUCUCUCACCACAAUGCCAACCAGGAAAUGAAGCAGCAUUAAGCAGCGGUGCCGCUAAGAGGGGCAUUAAAAAAACAGCAGGAUCCUCCAGUUCGUAUCCCCUUUCCUCCCCUCGUUUUUUUCUCGCAGACAUUUCGUCGAACAGGUAGCGGGCGAAUGGCCCCGCGCCUCCCGCUGCCGCCCAUUCCGCCCCUCGCGGUACCGCGGGAGGUCCGACGGGCGGUGCGGCUGACGCUCCUGACGGCACUCACGACGCUGUUCGGCUACGGUCUCUUCCUCUUCUUCGGCUUCCUCAGGGACCUCUUCCGCCGGCUCCUGCUCGAUCGCGCAGAGCCCGACGAGCUCAUGGGCUACGCUCCGAUUUGCCCGGCGUUCGAGGAUUUCUACACCCGCCGAAUAUAUCGCCGCAUCCAGGACUGCUUCGGGCGACCAAUAGCUAGUGCACCAGAUGCUUGGAUCGAUGUGGUGGAGCGCAGUUCAAAUGACAAUAACAAAACGCUGCACCGGACCUCCAACAAAUCCAGAUGCCUCAACUUGGGAUCGUACAACUACCUUGGCUUUGCAGCUGGAGAUGAAUUCUGCACUCCUCACGUUCUCCACUCCCUCAAGAAAUACGCACCUAGUUCUUGCAGUGCUCGAGCUGAUGGAGGGACGACUCAGUUGCAUAUUGAGCUCGAGGAUUUAAUUGCAAGAUUCGUGGGUAAACCAGCAGCCAUCACCUUCGCCAUGGGAUACGUUACCAACUCUUUCAUAAUUCCCACUCUAAUUGGAGAGGGAGGUUUGAUCAUCAGUGACUCAUUCAACCACAAUUCCAUUGUCAGUGGUUCUCGAGCUUCCGGAGCCACAGUCCAGGUCUUCCAGCACAACAGCCCAUCACACUUGGAAGCGGUGCUGAGGGAGCAGGUUGUGAAGGGCCAACCUGGCACUGGUCACAAGCCAUGGAGGAAGAUCAUGGUCAUUGUUGAGGGGGUUUACAGCAUGGAAGGGGAGUUCUGCAAGCUCCCUGAGAUAGUGGCCAUCUGCAAAAAGUACAAGGCAUACAUAUACUUGGAUGAGGCUCAUAGCAUCGGGGCAGUUGGUAAGUCGGGCAGAGGUGUCUGUGAAUUGCUCGGGGUGGAUCCUGCUGAUGUUGAUAUCAUGAUGGGAACUUUCACCAAGUCAUUUGGAUCCUGUGGAGGAUAUAUUGCAGCUUCAGAGGAAAUCAUCCAAUACCUGAAAUAUGCCUGUCCUGCACAUAUCUAUGCAACUUCGAUGUCGCCACCUGCUGUUCAACAAGUGAUAUCUGCAAUCAAGGUUGUUCUAGGAGAAGACCGAUCAAAUAGAGGAGCGAAAAAACUUGCAAAAAUUCGAGAAAACAGCAACUUUUUCAGAUCGGAAUUGAAGAAAAUGGGGUUUGUGGUUCUUGGUGACAAUGACUCCCCAGUUAUGGCCAUAAUGCUUUAUAAUUUGGCUAAGCUCCCUGCAUUUUCACGGGCAUGUUUGAGGCAAAAUGUUGCUGUCGUUAUCACUGCAUAUCCAGCAACUCCAGUACUACUUGCCAGGGCAAGAAUCUGCAUAUCUGCUUCCCAUAGCAAAGAAGACUUGAUAACAGGCUUGAAGGUCAUUGGUGAAGUUGGUGGGCUUGUAGGGGCGAAGUGCCUACCUGCCGAGCCAGAGAAGGCCAAGAAGCUGGACUGAGGAGAUCUAAGAGGAUACAACUAUACAAUCACAAGAAAUGCUGCAAGAAAAAUCUUUAACUUUUGCGCAUUGGCAAUUUGUUUGAUUCGUUGAACCCUUUUCCACUUCAGAACUGUAUUUUGUUCCUAGUUUUAUAUGAUUCAUGUGUACAGUUUCUGUGAAUAAACAUUCCAUUGAUUCCUAGAAGUAA